CUGAACAUGGUUCUCGACCAGUGGUUCCUCGUCUGCCUCGGUAUUGCCAUCUUGAUUGCCUACCUCGUGCCCAACCUCGGUCGCAAAGGCGGCUGGAUAGCUGCUCAGUACUCAAUCGUUUACGUCUGCCCCGCCCUCAUCUUCUUCAUCUCCGGCCUCACCAUGAAUUCAAAAGUUUUCCUAAAAUCCGCAACGCUCUACCGGGUCCAUCUCGUUGCUCAAAUAUUGUCAUAUAUGUUCACCAGCUGCAUUCUCUUCGUUUUCGCAUAUGCCGCCCUCAUGUCAGACGACCCGCAUCUCAGCACCGCUGUCAUCGCCGGCUUUAUCCUUCUCGGCUGCACACCUACUACAAUCGGUUCCAACGUCGUCUUUACGCGUAACGCCCACGGAAACCAUGCUGCGACACUAGUGGAAGUUACCAUUGCCAACCUCCUUUCUCCAGUACUCUCUCCGGCGCUCAUCAGUAUGUACAUGUCCUCGACGGACAAAUGGGGUGAUUUCCGACCUGCGGGCAAGUCGAGCGGCGGAUACAGCACGCUCUAUCGUUCGGUCUUCAAACAGCUUGGUCUUACAGUCUUCGUUCCUCUCUUCGUCGGCCAGGUCCUGCGGUUCUUUUUUGAGAAACAAGUGACGUGGUUUGCGCUUAAAUUCAAAAUCAACAAAUUCAGUCAAGUGUUCCUGAUUCUCAUCAUGUGGAGUACUUUCUCGUCUUGCUUCUACACCGGCGCGUUUGACGAGUCGAGUUCACAGACUACAGCACUUGUUCUCAUGCAGAAUUUUGGCGUUUAUUGGUUUUUCCUGUUCGUGACUUUGCUGAUUACCCGAGGAUCACACAAACUACGCUUCAAGAACAAGUACCUUGAUGCAUUUGUUGGCUUCUUCCGCUUUAACAAGCGGGACACUAUUGCGAUCUGUUAUGUUGUUCCUGCAAAAACACCAGCCCUCGGAGUUCCGUUGAUCAACGCUCUCUACAGUCACUCCUCUAUCAAUGACCAGGCAAAGCAGAUGCUUCAGAUUCCCAUUAUCUUAUAUCAAAUCGAGCAGCUCUGUUUCUCUUCAUUGUCGGUUCCAGUGUUCAGAAGAUGGGUUGCCGACGAAGAAGAGGAA